AUGGCCGCGUCUCCCAUGGUGGUGCCGCGCAUGAAGCUGGGCUCGCAGGGGCUCGAGGUCUCGGCGCAGGGCAUCGGCUGCAUGGGCAUGCCCGCCUACUACGGCCCGCCCAAGCCGGAGCCGGACAUGAUCGCGCUCAUCCACCACGCCGUCUCCGCCGGCGUCACCCUCCUCGACACCUCGGACGUGUACGGGCCCCACACCAACGAGCUCCUCCUCGGCAGGGCGCUGCAGGCAGGUGGCGGGGUGAGGGAGAAGGUGCAGCUGGCCACCAAGUUCGGCGUCCUCAUGGACGCCGACGGCAACUGGGGGGUCCGCGGCGACCCGGCGUACGUGCGCGCCUCGUGCGAGGGCAGCCUCCAGCGCCUUGGCGUCGACUGCAUCGACCUCUACUACCAGCAUCGCAUUGACAACAGGGUGCCCAUCGAGGUCACGGUAGGUGAACUGAAGAAACUAGUUGCAGAGGGCAAGAUCAAAUACAUUGGUCUGUCCGAAGCAUCGGCGUCGACGAUCAGGAGAGCGCACGCAGUUCAUCCCAUCACUGCUGUGCAGCUGGAGUGGUCUCUCUGGUCAAGAGAUGUUGAAGCUGACAUAAUCCCGACUUGCAGGGAGCUUGGCAUUGGAAUAGUGGCAUAUAGUCCACUGGGCAGAGGGUUCUCGUCAAGCGGUCCUAAGCUGGUCGACACCUUGUCUGAUCAAGAUUUCCGCAAGGAUCUGCCGAGGUUUCAGCCGGAAAGCAUGGAGAAGAACGCCGUGAUCUUUGAGAAAGUCAACGCAAUGGCGGCGAGGAAGGGGUGCACGCCGUCGCAGCUGGCGUUGGCCUGGGUUCACCACCAGGGGCCCGACGUCUGCCCCAUACCCGGGACGACGAAGGUUGAGAAUUUCAACAGCAACGUGGCGGCGCUUUCGGUGAAGCUCACACCUCAGGACAUGUCUGAGCUCGAGUCUUAUGCGUCGGCAGAUGUCCAGGGUGAUCGCUACCAUGAAAGCUUCCCCAACACUUGGAAGGAUUCGGAGACACCUCCCCUCUCGUCCUGGAAGCCUGAGUAA